AGCGCCGCCGUCAGCAUCCUCCGGGAGGCGAAAGGUGGAGCCCGGCCGGUUCCCGCAGAGCGCCCGCUCCUGCUUCCCCCGGGGCCGGCGCUGUCCUGGCGCGGUGCCGCCGCUUGCCCCGGGGCUCCGGGGCCCGCAGCCGCCGCUCGCCGCCCGGGGCAGCCAUGCCCUCCCCGAGCGAGUCCAGCCGCUCCUUGACCGGCCGCACGUCCCGCAGCCUCACCCACCUCCGCGCCCAGCGGACCUGGCUGCAGAUCCUGCUGGUGCUCGGCUUCAUCCAAGUCAUCCUGGGCGUCCUCAUCGUCACCUUCAGCCUGGUGGCCGCCACCAUCACGCCCUCCGCCAGGAUCCGCCACUCCUGCCCCUCCUGGGCCGGCUUCUCGCUGGCGCUGUCCGGCCUUGUCGGCAUCAUCUCCUGGAAGCGGCCCCUCACACUGGUGAUCACCUUCUUCACGCUGCUGUCAGUGCUGGGCAUCAUGCUGAGCCUCGCCGGGUCCAUCCUGUCCUGCCAGAACGCGCAGCUCGUGAAGUCCCUGCAGGCCUGUGAGAGGGAGAGGGACUCGUGUGUCUGCUGCCAGCCGCGCCCGGAGCCGCCCCCCGCCUCCUGCAGCCGGCAGAGCGAGAUGCUCACCAUGUUCCCCAACCCCGACUGCCGCAGCAUCCGCACGGCGCUCAAGGACCUCCUCUUCAGUGUCUGCGGCUUGACCGUCUUCUCGACCGUCGUCUGCACGCUCUCUGCUGUCGUGUGCUGCAUCCAGAUCUUCUCCCUCGAUAUCGUCCAUGUGCUGGUCCCGCAGCGCUCGAGCUCCGUGACGCUGGAAUGCACGUCCCCCCCCGACCCCUUUCUGCAGAGCAUGAUGGACUUCGAGGAGUUCGUGCCCCCGGUGCCGCCGCCCCCCUACUACCCCCCCGAGUACACGUGCAGCUCGGAGACCGAUGCGCAGAGCAUCACCUACAAUGGCUCCAUGGACAGCCCCGUGCCCCUCUACCCGACUGACUUCCCCCCUUCCUAUGAGACUGUGAUGGGGCUGCGGGGGGACAGCCAGGCCACCCUCUUUGACUUGCCGCUGACGGAGGGCUCACACACCUGCACCUGCGACCGGGUCCCCUCCAUCGUGCUCAGCGGAGAAGUGUCCAUGGACAGCGGGUCCCUCAUCAUGUCCGAGAUCAUGGACAUCCCGGGGGACAGCAGCCCCUCGGAGGACUCGUGCCUGCUGGAGCUGCAGGGCUCCAUGCGCUCCGUGGACUUCGUGCUGUUCCGCUCCAUCCAGCGCAGCCGCGCCGAUUACUGCCUGAGCGUGGACUGCGUGCAGUGCAGCCACCACCCGCGCAGCCCCGUGCUGGGCCUGCAGGGGCCCUUCGAGGAGGUGCCGCAGCCGCGGGUGCGGGGGGAGCGCUCCUACUCCUGCUCCACGGCGGCGGAACCGGGCCACGACGGGGUCCUGGCGGGGGGAGCCGUGACCCACAGCUGCAACCGCCUGGAGGGGCUGUCCCGCUGCGCCGGGCCCUGCUUCCCCGAGGUGCGGCUCAAGGACAAGGGGGCGCUGCGGGGCCGCGGCCGCCCCUCGGGGCUCGGCCCCGGCCGCCUCGGGCAGCUCCGGCGCAACAGCGAAACCUCCUGCCCCGCGUCCCCGGGCCCCGCGCCGAGCCCGAGCCCGCGCCCGCUCGUGAGGGCGCGCAGCGACCCCGGCGUCCCCGCGGCCGGACGCGCUGAUUUCAGGGAAGUACUUUAUACCAAAGCACUGGAGGACACCACGUCCAGCUCCUCGGCGGAUACAGGCCCCAUCGGGAGCAGGCUCCCCGGGUGCGAUGGCGCUGUCCCCGCAGGGCUGUGCUCCGAGGCCUGCCUGUGCCGCCGCUCUCACUGUGCCUCCCCGCCGCUGCUCCGGGCCGGCUCGGCAGGGAAGAGCAAGGCGCUGCCCUCCAAGGUGACGGAGCAGCUCUCCACGAGCACGACCCGGUCCCUGGGGGACCUCAAGGUGUGCAGGGGCACCCGCGGGCUCGUGGCCAGGUUCCUGCAGAGACCCAAGCGCAGCGCGGAGGUGCCCGGGCACAGCUCCCAGGGGCACAAGCAGGUUCCCUGGAGCGCCUGGCCCGGAGCAGAGCGGCCCCACGACGGCAUCCACCUGCGGAGCUGCGGGGACCUGAGCUCCACCUCGUCCCUGCGCCGCCUCCUGUCCGCCCGCCGGCUGGAGCGGGGCCGCCCGCGGAGCCUCAGUGGGACCUGCAAGGACAACGAGAGCAUCCUCUGAGCGCGGGGUCCCCGUCCCCCGCUGCCCCAAAGGGGGGCCCCGCUCCGCGCCAGGGCCCUCGGACGUG